UCAUCACCCACCCUUGAUUGCUUUGAUUGCUUCCUUCCUCUCUCAUCCAUCUACAGCCCGGCAGAUCUAAGCUUUUGCAUCGCAACAUGGCUGCUAAGAUCUUCGUUUUCGGUAGCAUCAAUGGGCAGCUCCGGUCUGCCUUCGGUAAACUCUCAGCAUUGCACGCCAAAAACGUCUUCAGCUUCGCAAUCGUGACGGGGAACCUAUUCGGUGAGGUACAAGAUGAUGACCAACUCACUGACCUACUCGAGGGGCGCAUCGAUAUCCCAUGCCCUACCUACUUCACAGUAGGCACCGUAUCGUUACCUCUGCGGGUCGUCGAGAGAAUUGAGAAGGAUGAGGAAGUUGCGCCCAAUCUUCAUUACCUGGGCAAACGCAGCGUCACAAAAACCUCCGAAGGUGUGCGCAUUGUGGCCUUGGGCGGCGUAGUGGACCUAAACAUCGUGGCCGGUCUGUCCAAGGAGCAGCAUGAGCCCAUCCACACCGAAGGGGACGCCAAAGCUCUUCGGGGAGCUAACAAUGCGGACAUCCUUCUCACUGCUAUGUGGCCCACAGAUGUCUGGAAGAAUAGCUCCAAGGCGAAGGAGCUACAGAUUGGUUCGGAAACGGCACCUUCAAGUCAAACCAUCGCAGAGCUCUGCGAAGCACUGAGACCUAGGUACCACUUUGCUAUGUCGCCCGACAAUUUUGCCUUUGAGCGCGAGCCGUUCUUUCCAGAUGCCGCGGGCGAAGAUAAAGAAAAGGGCAUCGAUCUCACUCGUUUCAUCUCACUCGCACCCUGGGCGAACACCGCCAAGGCCAAGUCCAUGUACGCCUUCACCCUCAACCGGGAAGCCGUCGUCUCCCCGCCCGUCGGAAGCACCCUCACCCCCUUCUACAAGCCCUCGCCCAAGAAACGCACGUUCGACCAAGCAGAGUUCAGCCGCUUCUCCAGCGGCCACCACGGGCACGACAACGACCACCGCCGACGCAAGCACCACCGCCGCGACCGCGAGCGCUCCCCACCCCCGGGGCCGGACCGCUGCUUCUUCUGCCUGUCCAACCCCAACCUGCCCACGCACAUGGUCUGCAGCGUCGGGGACGACGCGUACCUCGCUACCGCCAAGGGCCCGCUCCCCGCCGCCGACAGCUUCGGGGCGCGGGGGCUGGCGUUCCCGGGCCACUUCAUCAUCACGCCGCUCACGCACGCGGCGUCGCUCAGCGCCGCGGCCAUGAGCGAGGACGAGGCCGGCAAGACGUUCGCCGAGAUGGCGCGGUUCCGCGGCGCGCUCCAGGGCAUGGUCGCCGGCGCGUCGGGGCGCAAGCUGGGCGCCGUCACCUGGGAGAUCAACCGCGCCCGCAACAUCCACGUGCAUUGGCAGUUCCUGCCCGUGCCGGCCGAGAUGGUGAGCAAGGGGUUGGUGGAGGCCGGGUUCAGAGUCCUCGCGGAGGAUAUGAAGCUGGGCAAGUUUGCCGUGAAGGAGUUUGAUACGGCGGAUGCGGUGCCGGGGGAUUAUUUCCGGGUUUGGAUUUGGGCGGAGGAGGACGGGGAGGAUGGCGGCAAGGUGGUGGGUAAGAGCCUGCUUCUGCCGUUUGACGAGAGUGUGCGGUUUGACUUGCAGUAUCCGCGGAAAGUGAUGGCGAAGCUGCUUGGGCUGGAGAACCGGACAUUUUGGCAGGACGUGGUGCAGUCGGAGCAGGAGGAGGCUGCGGAUGUGGCGGCUUUUAGGAAGGCGUUCAAGGAAUGGGACUUUACGCUGGCUGGUUAAGCAGCGAUAUUACUCUCGGAACGGACAGACGACGGGGGCUACGGGGCGUGUACGGUCAGUGACCCCACGGGGACUGGGGUUAAAACGACAUCAGGGGAUCAGGGGCCGGACACCGUGGUUUGGCUCAGAUAGCCAGGUUUUUGAUGGGCCUUCAAUAGACGAAGAAGGAAAACUAAUCCGACGGAGCAC